GGUCUUCGUGAAUCUCGGGGCGACGCUGAGACUGAGACCGCCUUCAACAUCAAAAUGAGACGGAGGAGAAUUAAACCAAUAAAAGAUGCCGAGGACUAUGUUAUCAAUGCCACUGAUAAGACCGACGUAUUGGAGGCUAAAUACAUAAAUUAUUAUAAAGUUUUUCUUAGAUGAGACCUGCAAUUCAUGAGGACUCGGAUGAUCUUUUUGACUCUGAAAAUUCCAGUGUAAGCAGUGAAGAUGACAAUACAGACAUUGAAGACGACAUCAGACGGAAACAUACACCAUUUACAAUGAGCGAACAACAUUCCACUUGUGCCACAACAUUCAAAAGAGCAAAAAACACCAGAGCUAGAGGGAAGAUUGCUGAGCACUCAGAUGUUUUUGAUUCGAGUGAAGAUGAGUUAUCUCAAGUCAGUGAGGAAGAGUACAUUCCUGACACAUCAGAAGAGAGCAGCACAUCAGAUAGUAGCACAAGCCUUACUGUUUCACCAAAAGUUAAAGGAACGUUCCAGACUUUGCCAGUCCAGUGCAGUUCAGCUGAGAACAGAAGCACAAACUACAAUCCUCAAAGCAGCGGUGACUUAGGGAGCUCCCAGAGCCAUGACGCAGCCUCAGUUCCUGACACAUCCUCCAUUCCUGACAGCACAAGUUCAGUGAUUAUCCCAGCUAUCAAUAAAAAGAGGGAUGGAGUAAGAAUGUAUAGCAAGAAACAACACUGCUUUUUUUGUGACAGUGCUUUUACGAAAAUUGCUAGACACCUAGAGCGCAAGCAUAGCAAUGAGGUAGAGGUAGCAAAGGCUCUAAGUCAUCCAAAGGGCUCCAAAGAAAGGCGAAUGCAGCUCGAGUAUCUACGUAACAAAGGUAACUUUGCUCACAAUGCUACUGUUAUUAAUACAGGUGCAGGAAAGAUGAUUCCACGGAAACUGCCUAAGAAUAAUUUGGAUGGGGAAAGAUUUAUUCACUGCAUUUACUGCCAAGGACACUUCUUAAAGAAAACCCUAUGGCGACAUGUGAAGGUUUGCAAAUUUAAGCCUUCUGACAUGAAACCUAAACCUGGAAAAACCCGUGUGCAGGCUCUUUGUAGCUUUGCACAGCCUCCCCCACCAGGAGUAACUCAUGGUGUUUGGAAGCUGUUAAAUGCUAUGAACCAAGACCAAGUGGCUAGUGAAGCUAGAAAUGACUGGUGCAUUUAAGAGCUGGGAAAGCAUCUUUACAACAAGUAUGGAUCAAGAGUUAAAAUGCAUGAAUACAUCUGUCAAAAGAUGAGAGAGCUGGGAAGACUCCUUAUAUGUACUAGAGAGGUGUCACCCCUUACAUCUAUUAAAGUGCUCAUCCAUCCCACAAACUUUAUGCAUGCAGUUAAUGCAGUUAAAAGAACAGCUGGAUACAUUGAAGAUGUUGUGUGAAACUUGGACAUAGUCUGAACAAAAUCGCAAUGCUUAUUGAGAGCCAUUCUACCAUCAAUGGAGACAAAGCAACAGCAAAAGUUGCGAACAGCUUCCAACAGCUGUAUCAGACCCGAUGGCCCGAGUACAUUUCUUCAACAGCCCGGCGAACACUGGAGGAAGCCAAGUGGAAUUCCCCAGAUUUGCUCCCUUUCACUGAAGAUGUUAAACGUCUUCGUGUGUAUCUUGAUGAGCAAGAGAAAAUUUACCGCAAACUCUUGUCAACACAGCCAUCAUCUCAGCAUUGGUCAAAAUUGGCCAAGGUUACAGUAAUUCAGGUUAUGCUUUUUAAUCGUAGACGAGAAGGGGAAGUGUAACAAAUGCCUUUGUCCACAUACACCUCCAGCAACAUCAGACGCUCAUGCGGAUAUUAGGAUGGCCCUCACAGAGUUGGAAAAUAAACUGUGUCAAUACUUCAAGCAUAUAGAGAUCAGAGGCAAAAGAGGCAGAAAGGUUCCAGUACUUGUUACUCCUUCAAUGCAAGAGUCGAUCAGCCUGCUAAUUAAAAACCAAAGUUUUUCUCUUUUCACGUCCGUCUGCA